AUGGUCACAGAUAGGGAACCCGCAAUUGCUAAAAAAGUACAACAAUACUUACAAAGUGGGCUGAAUAUAUGGUUAAAAAAUAAAGAGGGGGUUCAUGGAUGGUCGGUAUCCGGUAUUAAUAAUACAACAUAUCAAGUGCAUGACUUCAAAAGUGGCAGCAUAGUGCAUUUGAGGGAAAAGGCUUGUUCUUGCAAAUAUUGGCAACUAACUAGUUUGUCAUGUGGUCAUGUGAUGGUUUCAAAGCACUUGAAAAAUGAUCACUGUGGGCAUAUGGCUAUAGAUGCUUAUAAAAUUGAAACAUAUCGAAGAAUAUACGAGCAGACCGUAUUCCCUCUUUCAGAACCUAGUGAUUGGGAGGUUCUGGAUGACCUUAUGGUUGUUAACCCUCUUGUGAUGGAAAUACGUCAAGCUGGUAGACCAAAAAACACCAAUCAUAUUCCAUCUCAAGGUGAGGAACAAAAAAUAAGAAGGUGUAGUAGAUGCCAUAACACAACUCAUAAUGCAAGGAUGUGUAAGGAAAUCGUUCCAAAGAACCAAAGUAAAAGUAAAAAACGUAUUAGUGUGUCCGGAACUGGGACAAAAGCGGCAGAAGAGGAACUGAAGCAAGUGACCGAAAACUAA